AUGCUUCUCAUUCUCCUACUUACAGCAGUAUGUGCAUUUGAAGAAGACGAUGGUAAGCGUGAAUUUUAAGGAUUAAUGUACUGAUAAAAGCGAAGAUGCGCGUUCUAAGAAAUAGUUAAUAAGAAGAAGAAGCGAUCACUGGUACAAGGGCUUUAUUUGCCUGACGUUUCGGGUUCAAGUGAGAAUCCGAAACUUCAGGCGAAUAAAGCCCUUGCUCCAGUGAUCGCUUCUACUUCUUAUCGAUUAAUGUACUCCCGUCUUUUUCUUCAUAUUGAAAUGCAUCGCGCUUUAGUGCGCGCAUGUGAACCAUAUCUUGAUGCAAAAUAAAACCUUCAGGAUGAGUUAUUUUGUUCGUUGCAUUGCAAAUUGCCUUUUAAAUCACUGCGGACGUUGUUGGGCGUUACGCACUGGCAGAUUCCGUUUGGUGUCAGUUGUCAAUUAGUCAAUAUUCGAGAACCUAAAAUGAUGCAUAUAUUGGUGUAGAAUUGAAGGUCAUAAGUCCUUUGGGCAGUGUAACAAACUUUACUCUGAAGAUUUCCCACACCGGUUCCCCAUGUCGUCACCAGACAUGGGGAAAAUGAUCUAAAUAGUCAAAAUUUUCAAACUGCCUUAAAAUCGGUAUUGCCCUUCCAUUCCGCCCAUUAAGCUGUGACUUCUGUUUGAAAUUUCGUGAGAGUUGGAUGUCGCCUCUUCUACCACUAAGAUCGUUACACAUGACAUCCGGCUCAGUGUGCGGUAAAGACAUGAUUCUUUAGAAUAUGCGGCCUUCAAAGGCUCUCGACAUCCCUUAGAUAGACAGACACCAACAACAUGAGUUUUAUUACAUGAAACUUCACGGCCAGUUCCCAGUGCAAGCAUAGCAACUUGGAGGAGGUAGUCUUUCCUCUUCACAGACAUUUGAUGUUUGCGUAUACGCAUUGAGGCCGACUUUCCAGUUUGACGGCAAUACACCUCACUGCAGGUGCCACAUGCAAUCUUUUAGACGACCUUCUUUGUAUAUGAACACCUUACCCUACACUUAUGGUGUGCAAGCUUGUUACGUAAUUUGGCCGUCGGUCACGCAUUUGAAGUGUUUGCUUGUGGUAAUAAGCUUAUCAUAUACCUCCCAGAUCACUUACUCAAGUCCUCUUAUUUUAGGUGAUUCAAGAGAAAUGUGUUAUAUGCGGUUCCAAAUCGGGGAUUGCGAAGACUUUGACGAGAGAUAUGGAUACGAUCCUCUGGUGGGCAAAUGCAGGCCAUUUAUAUACAGUGGUUGUGGAGGAAAUGCAAACAAUUAUCUGACGAAAGUAGAAUGUGAAAAUGCAUCCCAGAUAUGUAAACGUAACGGUACGAAAGUACUUCCCGUCUUACUCAUGUUGGCCACUUUGCAAAUUUACGGAAAGACCCAAGAGCCUUAACUUAAUGUUUCAUCAAACUGCGCAGCCCCUUGAUGCCACUCUACCGUCCCGGUCAUAUUUAACCCAACUUGGACUGUUUGAGGCUUUUGAGUUGAGCUGCCGUAGAUGUGCUAACUCAUGAGAUGUUGGCCGAAAUUCUUUCGAUUCGUAAAGAUUACUGAAGUAGUGUUGUAAAAUUAAUCAUUAUAUGGCAUAAUUCUAUAACAAUUCAGUUACUGCGGGGAUACCGGCUUUUAAAGGAACAUCGUUUCGGCCGCAGGCAAAACGACACUCUGGAAAAAGUGACUACUUAGUUGGCAUGCAUUUUUCCAUUGAUUUUCGAUGCCAUUAAAAAUUUAACUAUAUUUCAUGGAAAAAAGUCCUAUAAAUGUUAACUCAUUUGCUUAUUCGGCAGACAAUUAUGUCUUUUUUCAAGUUUACACUCGAAGAAAGUGUAUAAUAUGAUUUUUAAAAACUGUUUUAACUCCCGAAAAAUUUUAAACCCGACCUGCCGCUGAACUUCUAUUUAAGGCUUCUAAACUUCAAGUCACAUAUUUGAGGCGUACGGAAAACCGUAACUUUCCCUACGGCAUUAAGAGAGGACCAUAUGGGGUUCUUAAAAUUAAGCACUGGAUUUCAGCCAUAUUGUAAACCAGGUUAGUAAACGCAGAGACACGAUGUCUUACGAACGGGCGUUUUAUGAUAUUAAAAAAAUCCCAUAACCAGAAACUUUUUGGAAACCGAACGAUGCCCAUUCGUCGAGUAAAAAUGGGAGGAAAACGUCAUUUUCUGCCGAUUGAGCAAAAGAAUGAAUAUUUUUGUGCAUGUUUUGCAUGAAAUAUAUUUGAAGUUUUAAGUACAUCGAAAAUCAAUGAGUAAAAUUCAUGCUACACACGGAGGCAUUUUUCACAGAGCGUGGUUUUUGCAUCUUUCCGGAAGGAAGUACGUUCGAAAGCCGGCAUCCGCGGGUAUCCGGAUUUUUAUAUAAUUAUGCUUUACGAUGAUUAAUUUUAUAAUCCUUCUUAGGUAAUCUUUUCGAAACGAAAACGCAUUUCAGAAUUUCGGGCAACUUUUCAUGGAAUAGUACACCUACUGCAUGCUGGUCCAUAACAUGAAAUACACUUAGGCGUGCAGUGUCCCUGUUUAAAAGUGGAAUGACUUGUCAGAUUUGAUCAUAUAAAGCCACCAAAGGUGUGAGUCUAGGUCCAACGACAGCGACAUCAUAUGGACUAAGAAUGUGCGAAAUAUGAGGCAUAGUGAUAAGGACGAAGAAGACAGAAAUGCCGCUUCAAGCUGAUGUGCCUCUCCUUGAAAAUCGGAAGCCGCAUAUAAUCUAUGAAAAUAGGGAGAGUUAAAACCUAUCCAGCGCGGAUGUUUCGAGUAUGACUGUUAGACGACGUGUUUGACGAUAAAGAUGCUCGGUUUGGUCAUCAUACCGAAACUGGUCUUUGUCAUUUUUGUGCUAAUAAAUUGACAUUCUUCUGUACUGUCCGUGGUCUUGCUAGUAAAAAGAAAAGUUCUCCCUUCAGAUUUCGAUUAAAACUGGCCACCUUGGGAAGAUCCCGGUAGGUGUAUAUGUUUGUUUUAAAUACCCCAUUCCUGUGUACCUCAUCGCAUUCACUUGUUUUCACCCACUCCAUUCGCCAUAACCGCCCGAUUUGAUUUCUCUCAGAGGCAAGUAACAGACUACGUAUAUUGGCUGCAUGCGGUCGACUCAGACCUCUAUUCUGCCUGUUUCAGGCAUUGCUUUUCAUUUAAUCUUUCCUACACUUUUUGGUACUAUUGACAGACGGCGGCUCCAAUGAGAUACUGA